AUGAAAAUCGCGGUCGACGGCAUGGGUGGAGACUUCGCCCCGCAGGCGAUAGUCGAAGGUGCUGUUCUUGCUGCGCAACAGCACAACACCAGCAUUACAUUGGUGGGCGACGAAGGGCGGCUGGAGCGCGAAUUGGACCGCUUACAGGCUCACGCGCUGCCCAUCACCAUCUGUCACGCCUCGGAAGUCGUGCACAUGGACGAGGCGCCGGUCAUGGCACUGCGCAAGAAACGGUUUUCCUCCAUCCGCGUGGCCAUGGAAUUGGUGCGAAGCGGCGAAGCGCAGGCGGUCGUCAGCGCCGGCAACACCGGUGCCGCCCUGGGCGCGGCGACGAUGAUCCUGCGGCCUCUACGUGGUAUUGACCGUCCGGCUAUUGCGACGCUUUUGCCCACUCAAAAGGGCGCUUCGAUUCUUCUUGACGUUGGUGCCAACGUGGAUUGCAAGUCGACCCAGCUCUUCCAGUUCGGGAUCAUGGGGGACGUUUUUGCCAAGUGCAUUCUGGAUAAGCCAUACCCCGCCGUCGGCCUGUUGGCGAUCGGCGAGGAGGACACCAAGGGCAAUGACGUGACCCGAGAAGCCUUUCUUAUGCUGAAGCAGAGCGACCUCAAUUUCAUCGGCAACAUUGAGGGUAAACCCUUUUUCCACGGUGUCGCUGACGUGGUGGUGUGCGACGGAUUCAUCGGCAACGUGGCGCUGAAGAUGUGUGAGGGAGUUGCCGAGAUGUACGGGCAGGCCCUCAAGACAGCCUUGACGCGAACGCCGUGGCGGCGUCUGGCGGCGACGUUGUUGCGCCCCGCCUUGCAGGAUAUUCGCCGCCGUGUGGAUGCUUCCGAAUAUGGCGGCGCGCCGCUUCUUGGCGUUAAUGGCACGUGUAUCAUCGGUCACGGCAACUCGACCCCCAAGGCCGUCAAGAACGCCAUCCACAUGGCGCAGCGCUUCCUCGAAGAACGGGUCACGGAGCGCAUUCAGGAAGAGGUCGAACGCAACAGCGACAUUCAGGAUGCCAGCGGCGCCCGCGGCCGCAACAUCUGGCGCCACAUCCGCAGCACCAUGUCAUUCCGCGGCGAGCGUGAGGAAGAGGACGAGGAGGUCACGUCCGAACCUUAG